AUGUCAGGACCAUAUCCGUCAACAGCAGCUUAUGAUGUAUGGCCUCGAACUGCCGGUGCAUCGUCAGGACCAGUGCCUCUUGGUGGUAGUCCAUCAGGUUUACCAACUGUAGCCAAUUCAAGUUUACCAUUUAAUACAGCAACAGCGUUUGGUAAUCGACCACCACCUGUUCCACAGCCACCGUCUACACCUUUUCCUUCAAUUCAACAGCCGUUUGGUCAACGCAGUGGUAUAACUCCGACUAAUUAUACUGGACUUAAUACUUCACCGCCAUAUAAUCAAAUGGCAGCCAAUGCAGCACAAACUCAAGCAUUAAAUGCUCAAUUUGAAGCUUAUCAACGACGAUUAGCGCAACUUGAAGGUGAAAACGACGACCGAAGAACUGCUACAAUGAAUCUCACACAAAUGGGUACGCAAUUAUUACAAGGUCAGAUGGAUGUACAAGAACAAGUUUUACAAUACCAAUUUAUGUUAGAACAAUGUAUGGAAACACUUGAUCAUCAAAAUUAUGUUUUAAAUGAACAAUCUGAAGAAUUAUCAUUACUUCGAGCUAAAAUGAAACAUUUUGAAUAUCUUGUAGAUGCAUUUAAACUAAAAGGUACUAAUCUUCUACGAAGUGGAACUGGAGAUUGGAAUUGCAUCAAAAGUAAUAUAUCAUGCUGUCGAGAUCCCUUAACAGUACCACCUCCAUCAACUUCUCCAUUUUUUGCUGGUGGUGCAACUCGUGUAACAGCAUCAACAUUUCAACCUUUUAAUCCUCGAUAUCGAUCACCAAAUAGUCGUGCAGCAACAGCUGCAAAUUUAAGUGGUCGUCGAAGUGUGACACCAACAGCUGGUAAUCGUAAUUUUCCUAAUUCCGAUCAACGACCUUCACGUCGUUUUGGCAAUCCCAACUAA